AUGUCGUCAACUUCUAUGAAAAGCAAUUCUCUUGAACAUGAAGCUCAGGAUAAAUCCAUCCCUGGUACUCAGGUGCUCGACUGGCGAGCCCGGACACCGCGACCCCGCCUACGCCGCCCCAUGACUGCAUGUCAAGCAUGUCGCUCAGCCAAAGCAAAGUGUAAUGGUCAAUCGAAAUGCCAGAGAUGCAAGAAGCGUGGUAUAUCAUGCGAAUUUAAUCCGAUAUCGAACGAGGGGAAUGGGUCGAUAAAUGGAGAUCAUUAUGAUCGAAGAAGGAAUUCUGUCACGCCCUCUCUCCUCACAGACGAUGUUCCUGCUGGCCAAAUCCCCGAGAGCAGAUGCAUUCCUCGCCAUGAUACAAUUACAAAUCAACAAAGCCCCCAAUAUGAUUCUACCUUCAAUGGGGUAGAAAAUUGGAACGAGAGGGCACUAAAUGAUGCUCUCGAACAAUUCGACUGGAUUUUCCCAGAGCCUCAAAUUACUCUAGACAAUGAUCUUGGUCACUUUGACCCUGUAAAUAACGACAUAAACAAUGACAAAACACCCCCAUCAAUACCUGCUCUCCCGGAUUUGUCUCAAGAAAUCCAGCUACCAUCAAUAAGCUGCGAAUGCCGAGCAAAUAUGAUGAUCCACGUCCCAAAACUUGAAAGCGCAAUUCGUCAACAACCAAAACCACAACUAGACACCAUGUUCAAACUCACGGGCGAAAUCAUCCAAAGCUGCCAGAAGUCAACAGAUUGUGAUUGUUUCAAAGGCCCAGUUGAUCUAGUCUGCAUCAUGACCACUUUCGAACAGACGGCUGUUUGCUUUGAUUAUAUCGCUAAAUCGGGCUUCGAUGGUACCGUGAAAGUCGGUAUUGGCAAUUACUGUAUCUCGAAAACUGACGAUGCUUCUUUCAAACGGAUAUUGGUUCUGGAUCUUGUUGGUCAGGCUGAUCAUUUGUUAGAUUCUUUGACUUCUCUUGCGUUUGAUAUGGAGUCAAAACAUCAGCCAGGAGCUAAGGCUAUGGGGCGGUCGCCGAAUUGCUUGAAUAAGCUUAAUAUGAAUUACUUGCAUGAGGCGGUUGCGAGCUUUAAGAAAUUAUUUGAGAUAAUUCAUGGGUUUUUCGACGGAAAUAAAUAA